AUGCAGAUGGGGAAUUAUUCAGCUGCGAAUGAAUUCUUUCUGAUAGGACUUUCCCAAUACCCAGAGCUCCAGCUUUUUCUGUUUGUGCUCUGCCUCAUCAUGUAUGCGAUGAUCCUCCUGGGAAACAGCUUCCUCAUCAUCAUCUGCACACUAGACUCUCACCUCCACACCCCCAUGUAUUUCUUCCUUGGAAACCUCUCAUUUUUGGACAUCUGUUACACAUCAUCGUCCAUUCCUCCGAUGCUUGUUGUGUUUGUGUCUGAGAGAAAAUCCAUCUCCUUCAUUGGCUGUGCUCUGCAGAUGGUUGUCUCUCUCUGUUUGGGUUCCACUGAGUGUGUCCUCCUGGCUGUGAUGGCCUAUGACCGGUAUGUGGCCAUCUGCAACCCACUGAGGUACCCCAUCAUCAUGAACAAGGCGCUAUAUGUGCACAUGGCUGCGUGGUCUUGGAUCGUAGGCUGUCUAAACUCCUUAGUGCAAACAGUCCUGACGAUGGUGUUGCCUUUCUGUGGGAAUAAUGUUAUUGACCAUCUUACCUGUGAGAUAUUGACCCUUCUUAAACUCAUAUGCCCAGAUAUCACUAUCAAUGUGCUUAUCAUGACAGUGACAAAUAUUGUUUCAUUGGUGAUUCCUCUACUGUUAAUUUUCAUCUCCGAUGUUUUCAUCCUAUCUUCGAUCCUGAGAAUUAAUUCUACUGAGGGAAGAAAAAAAGCCUUUUCUACCGGUUCGGCCCACCUGACUGGAGUCAUCUUAUUCUAUUGUUCAGCCCUUUUUAUGUAUAUAAGCCCAAGUCAAAGGACCAACACUUCUGACGAAAUCAUCGGGAUGUCUUAUAAGGUGGUAACCCCGAUGUUGAACCCCCGUAUCUACAGCCUGAGGAAUAAAGAGGUAAAAGCAGCUUUGAAGAAAGUCCUGAGCAGAGAUCUGUAUUUAUUUAAAACAUAA